AUGCAGAAGCAAGGCCUCAAGAAGUACUUCGUCAACAUGGACGACUACCUGGCCAGCCUCGGCCUCUACCGCAAGAUGGUCGCCAGGGACGCCUCCAGUCUCUUCCGGGCCGUCUCCGAACAGUUGUAUUACUCUCAAAACUACCACCGCACCAUACGUCAGGAGUGCGCCGACUUCAUGCGAGCCAACGCUUUAGUCUUCGAGCCGUUUGUCGAAGGGUCCUUCGAGAAGUAUCUGGAACGCCUCGAGGACCCCAAGGAGACUGUGGGUCAGGUGGAGAUCAAAGCUCUGUCUGAGCUCUACAGGCGUCGCUUCGUGAUUUAUCGCUACCCCGGGAAGGCCGCCACCGUCAUCUCUGAGAGCGAUGACUUUGGCGACGAGGUCACACUGUCCUGCUCCAUCAACUGUCACUAUGACAUCGUGUACCCCAGAAGUUACCCGGCCUCCGCUGCCCUCUGCCAGGCCUUAGUGUACGAGCUUCUGUACACAAAGGUGUUCGGUUUCGAGGAGGCGGAGCUCUCUCAGGCCACGGAGGCGUUCAAGGCAGGAGGUCGUCGCUAUAGAAACAGCCUGUCCGUCUGCAGCGACGCGGACGCCGCCGACGACAGGGGACACGCUACCUCCUGCAGGGAAGAAGCGGAGUCGGGCGAGGAGAAGCCGCGAGUGUCCGCGGAAGAUGUUAAGCCGCCGUCCGAAGCUCCGCCCCCGAGCAGGCUGUCUCUUCCGUAUAAGGUGAUGAAGUCGCUGGACGGGGACGUGUACCGAAAUGUGGAGUUUGACGUCUGGCAGGACACCUGCAAAGAAAUGCAGAAGACGGACUACAUGGUGUUCGCCGGCCGGCAGUACUUCCUGGGUGACAAAUGUCAGGUGCGACUGGAGCCCAAAGGGAAGUACUUCAACGCUUUCAUCCAGGAAGUGGGAAUGCAUUCAGCCGCUGUCACAGUCUUCAUCGAAGAGCUGGGAGAGAAACACUGCGUCCCUCUGACGGACGUCAAGGCCGUCAACCCGGUUCCGGCGUGGAACGUGUCGGCCGUGCCCCGCAAAGGCGACCCGGACGGGGAGCCGCGAGCUAACCAAAGGCGCCACCGCUACUUCCGCAAGACCCGCGGGGCGGCGGCCAAGGGGCCGGAGCCGGCCCCGCCUCCUCCUUACGGAAGCCCCGCCCCUUCGCCGCUCCCGCCCCGCUUCCAGCCCGCCGGCCGCCCCCCGACCACCGCGCCCUACGAGCACUACCAGCACAAUAAAGCCGCCCGAUAUGGCGCCACCAGAAGCUCCGCACGCUUGGUCAACCGUCACCUGAUGGGUCCUCAGCUGUCUUAUUACCCUGCCGGCAGACGCUACUACGACUACGACGGCUUGGCCUUCAGGUCUCGUCGCAGUCGGCGCCACUUGGCGGCGACGCUCACCAAUCAAUGCCACUACUUUGGCCCGGACCCGACCGGCCCUGCGGAGAUGGACGCCGGCUCCAUGGCGUACUACCGCAUGGGUGACGAUGACCGCCACAUGUUUGCCACACUAGCGGCUCCGUCGGUGCCGCAUUCUCCUGGUGCCCCUCCCCCAAACUCCUCCUAUCGGGCGCAGAGAGGCCCAGGGGUUCCCCCUCCGACCCCGCCGGCGGGUGGCGCCCUUGGAUGUUCAUCAGAGGAGGAGCAUGAAGACGCGGUCUUAGAGCACGAUUUCAGAGAGGACUUCUACGACACCCAGGGCGAGUCGCGUCAUCACGCCGCGCCACGUGGACGGAUACUCGGAGUUUCGGAUGCUGGCGUCUACUCGAGCGACGCCUCGGCGAACCCUGCUGGACAGGACCAGGAGGAGGAGGAGGAGGAGGGUGGUGUGGCCGAGUCGCCACCGAGAGCUGACGGGAUUUAUGACUACACGCAACAGGCAACCAAGCCCAUGGCAGUGAUUUUCUCAUCACCGGCGUCCUCUUCUGCCUCCUCACCAUCAUCUUCAUCAUCCCGUGCAGUUGCGGCACCCGCCGCUCACGCGCCCGCCGCCGCCGUGCACGCGCAAGCCCGAACAGCGGGGGCAGCGAUGCCAGCCGGUGCCCCCUGGUUGGUUCCUGACUUGGGGGAGGGACUUUGCUCGCUGGUAGCCCCGCCUCCUUACUCUUACGAUCCCAACGGCGGCGACUUGCCCAGAGACUGUCGGCUGGUGCAGUUCUACUUCAAUCUCGGGGUGCAGUGGUACCAUCAGAGCUGCUGGCAACAGCAGCAGCAGCAGGCGGUGGCGGCGUACCCGUCCCCGUACCCUGUGGACGCAGCCUUCUCGUACCAGGAGGCGCCGCCGCACGCAGUCCCGCCCUCCUACCCUGAGGCGGGGCGUGGACCGCCGCCCCUCUUCUAUCAAGAGCCCAACAGGGCCGUCGACACUCAGGCGGACGUCCACGGCGCCGGCCCCACCCACUCACUGGAAGGCUCCUCCCUUGGCCCGCCCCCUGCCAAUUUAUACCCGGAGCAGACUGCCCCCAUGCUGCACCUGCCGUACGAAGCGGGGCCACCUGCCUAUGCGGCCCCGCCCCCCCCUCUGCCUCACCACGCCUACCACGCCCAUUGCGUGCCCGCUCCCGUUCACUGGGGAGGGCACACCUCCCGCGUCUACUGCCCCGCAUCCGGCCCCCCCCACGUGGUGAGCUACAUCACGGCCCCACCGACGCACUUCCUGCCACCCAGCGCCAGCGCCUGA